CACCGCGACCGAGCAUCCCGAGCCCGUACCGGAACCGCUCGCCGCUUCCCCGCUCCCGAAGGGAGGAUUUUUUUUUUUCAUCCCGGCGUUUUCUGGGGUGGUUGUUUUUUUUCUUUUUUUUUUUUUUGUGCCUGGCGGAGGGAGAGAGGGGAAAAGAAUUUUCGAUUUUUAAUUACUACCAUUAAAAAAAUCAAAUUUGCAAUUCUUUGGGUGGCCUGAUGGAUUCCCUGAUUGACAGCCGGAAUUGACACUCUGGGUACCUCUUAUCUCGGGCAUUUACGGCAAUUUCUAAUUGCAGGUAGUUUGUGGGGUUUUUUCAGCGCUUUGGCUCGCAUGGGAACCGAGCGAUUACUUCAAGAGGCCCGGGUUAAGUGCAGGCAGGGAGAGAAUUCAAUCCACAUUCAAAUUGCUUCAUUAAAGAGACGCAGCUUUUGUUGCAAAGGAUUUAAAUGGCCACUAGAAAGUUCUUAUUUAUUGUUUUGAGGCGGUUUAUAUAGGGUGCCCCGCGCUCGCCCGGCGCAUGGAGCCGCAGCCUCCCUCUCCCGCUCUCUCCCGCAAGGUGAUGCCGCCCGAGCCGCUGCCCAAGGCGAGCGCCCGCUGCCUCGACCCGCACGCCCGCACCAUGUCGCAGCCCGACGGGGAGCCGCUGCCCGGCGCCCUGGAGAAGGAGGACGCCCGCUCGGCGCCCAGCACGCCCUCCACGCCGUCCGUCUGCUCCCCGCCAUCGUCCUCCUCGUCCACGCCGUCGGCCGGCAAGAACGUGUGCUCCAGCUGCGGGCUGGAGAUCCUCGACCGGUACCUGCUGAAGGUGAACAACCUCAUCUGGCACGUGCGGUGCCUGGAGUGCUCGGUGUGCCGCACCUCGCUGCGGCAGCAGCACAGCUGCUACAUCAAGAACAAGGAGAUCUUCUGCAAGAUGGACUACUUCAGCCGGUUCGGUACCAAGUGCGCCCGCUGCGGCAGGCAGAUCUACGCCAGUGACUGGGUGCGGCGAGCGCGGGGCAACGCCUACCACCUCGCCUGCUUCGCCUGCUUCUCCUGCAAGAGGCAGCUCUCCACCGGCGAGGAGUUCGGCUUGGUGGAGGAGAAGGUGCUGUGCCGGAUUCACUAUGACACCAUGAUAGAGAACCUCAAGCGAGCGGCGGAAAACGGCAAUGGGAUCACGCUGGAGGGGGCCGUGCCCUCGGAGCAGGACAGCCAGCCGAAGCCGGCCAAGAGGGCUCGCACCUCCUUCACCGCCGAGCAGCUGCAGGUCAUGCAGGCACAGUUUGCUCAGGACAACAACCCCGACGCACAAACGCUUCAGAAGCUGGCGGAUAUGACGGGGCUGAGUCGGAGAGUCAUUCAGGUUUGGUUUCAAAACUGCAGAGCCCGCCAUAAAAAACACACCCCGCAGCACACGGUGCCGCCCUCGGGAGCCCCCCCGUCCCGCAUCCCUUCCUCGCUCUCCGAUGACAUUCACUACUCGCCCUUCAGCAGCCCGGAGCGGGCCCGGAUGGUGACGCUGCACGGAUACAUAGAAAGUCAGGUACAGUGUGGACAAGUGCACUGUAGACUUCCCUACACUGCUCCACCAGUGCACCUCAAGGCAGACAUGGAAGGACCACUAUCUAAUAGGGGUGAGAAGGUCAUCCUCUUUCAGUACUGACUGCGCGAACUCUUCCUCAUCUGCCCAUGGCGCUACCAGCACCACUGCCCCUCAGCCGCUGAAACGCAGCGUCCAGCCUGAGGCAACUGCUAUCAGUCACGCAGGAGAAACUCAG